ACGGAGGACGGGACAAAGUGAACGGGACUCAGGAGGAAAACACGAGCUUUCAGCACAAAGCGGAGUCACGAGCAGUGGCAGAAGAAACCCUGCUGGAGAAUAACUUUUUUUGGCAUCUUUGUUAACAUGUUUCUAACGCUAUGAAGUAAAAAAGAAAAGAAAGAAAGGAGGGGAAAAAAGAAAAGAAUAGAAAAACUCCGCCAUAUUCAGACCACCACGCCCGGAGCUCAGACAUCGGGGGGUUAAAGACUUCGCUGCAGAGUCCGAUAAAAAGUUAUUGCACAAAGUUGAUUUCCUCCUCGCAGGAGAGGAACAAGGUAAAAACAAACUGCCGUGAGAACUUCCUCAAAAAAUUUCACACUUAAGCUAAAUCUUUGUUUGCAGCUCAGGAGAACGCGGUUGGAGUGGAGCGCGCAGUAGUGUUUAUGCGGGAUUUAAUCAAAAAUAUAUUGGCUUGAGGAUACGCGGGGCUCAUUCUCCUUUACAGUAUAACCAAUAUUAUGAACGUGUCUUUGCCUUGGAAGGUGAAGUGUUAUCCGGGAGGGAUGACUCUGAGCUCCGUUGGGGCUUGCUGCCUCAGCCCGGAGGCCAAAGAGGCUCGACGGAUCAACGAUGAGAUUGAGAGGCAGCUCCGCCGGGACAAGAAGGACUCCCGACGGGAAUAUAAGCUCCUUCUGCUGGGAACUGGCGAAAGUGGGAAGAGCACGUUCAUCAAGCAGAUGAGGAUCAUCCACGGCCGCGGGUACUCUGAUGAAGACAAGAGAGGCUUCACCAGGCUGGUCUACCAGAACAUCUUCACGUCCAUGCUGGCCAUGGUCCAAGCCAUGAACACGUUACACAUCCCCUACAAGUAUGAGCACAACAAGGCCUACGCCGCUAUCAUCAAUGGGGUUGAUGUGGAAAAGGUAUCAGCGUUAACAAACCAGCACGUGGAAGCGCUGAAGAGCCUGUGGAGUGACCCGGGAAUUCAGGAGUGUUACAAUCGGAAGAGGGAAUACCAGCUCUCAGACUCCACCAAAUACUAUCUGAAUGACUUGGACCGGAUUGCAGAUUCCUCUUAUCUGCCGACCCAGCAAGAUGUGCUGAGGGUCAGGGUGCCAACCACGGGUAUCAUAGAGUACCCCUUUGACAUGGAGAGUGUGGUGUUCAGGAUGGUGGACGUGGGCGGCCAGCGCUCAGAGAGGAGAAAGUGGAUUCACUGUUUCGAGAAUGUCACUUCCAUCAUGUUCCUGGUGGCACUUAGCGAGUACGACCAGGUCCUCGUCGAGUCCGUCAAUGAGAAUCGGAUGGAGGAAAGCAUGGCCUUGUUCAAGACCAUCAUAACCUACAAGUGGUUCAAAGAGUCCUCAAUCAUCUUGUUCCUGAACAAGAUCGAUUUACUCGAGGAAAAAAUCAUGUAUUCGCAUUUGGUCGACUACUUCCCCGAGUAUGACGGUCCCCAGCGGGACGUCAAGGCAGGAAAGGAAUUCAUCCUGGACAUGUUUGUCAGCCUCAAUCCGAACGAGAAGAGAAUUAUCUACUCCCACUUCACUUGCGCCACGGACACGGACAACAUCCGGUUCGUGUUCUGCGCGGUGAAGGACCACAUCCUGCAGGGCAACCUGGAAGUCUACAACUUGGUUUAACGUCCACUUUUAAAGCGGUGGUGUAAUUCAAUCGGCCCUGUACAGCUGGCAGUCAGGAGAGCUCUGCAGUUUGCUUCUCGCUGCAGAUGAACACUAUAAUCCAAGACAGGAUAUAGAGAAGCCUCAGAGCUUGUCCGUCAAACGACUGUACUACUGAUGUAUUUCAAAUUCUCUUGUUAGACUCUUUGGAAAUGGAUGUCUCCAGCUAUUAGGAAGUGUGACCUGACAAUUAAAGUGCCGCCUUGGUGAGGAGUCUAUUAUAGCACGCACUCUGAAAUUUAUGGGCCGCUUUGUGAGCAGUUGUACAGUGUAAAUGCAGACGGACGGAUUAAGAAGGGAAGAAAAAAAGAAAAGUUUUCCAGUGGCCUCAAAAAGCGUCUGAGUACUUGUAAUGUACUAGGUCUCUCCUUCGGGGAACGUGUGGAAGGGAACGCAGGCGGACUGCAAUGCAGCAACUCACACCACUAACCCAAGAUAUUUCUUUUUUUUUUUAAUUGUUAUUAUUAUUAUAAUUUUUUAAAGUUUUAAGUACUCUAAAUAAUUUGUGACUUAAAGGGAAGGAGUCAGAAUUAACACUAAUGACACGUUUUCUUUGCACACUGUACAUGUUGUAACAUUUCCGUUUGUGCUUCUGAUGAUUUCCGCAGCCUCGUUUCACUUGAUUUGUUUUUUUUUUUUUUUCUUACACUUUGUCUGUGGUGCGUAUGGCGGAGCACUUAUUUUUCGUGAGCGUGGUUUUCAUAUAUUUUUGUGGAACUAAACAAAGGGAUUUCUGCAGUCGUUUUUCUAACAGUCGUGUCGAAGCUGUACGGUAGCGUGGCGUGAUCAUCCACUUCAGGGACCAUUUGAUUAGAUUUUACCUAAAAAUAUUUUUUCCUGUAUUUAUCUGAACAUAUUGCACAUGUUGCAUGGUACAGUGAUCUCCUUUUUUUUUUCUUCUUUUUUUUUUUUACUUUUGUUUGCGUUAAGGUCCGUGUCAGAAGGCUAACAGCUACAGAGAGGAGCUGUUAAAUGUUAAACGAUCUCUGGGGGCAUUAAGUGUAGUGCGUUCUUGAUCUUAAAUCAUGCUGUUCAAAGGUAUCACAUGCACGGACAAAAAGCUAAUAAGACUGUAUCCUCAGCACUAAUGUUUACACCACCCUCUUCCCUUUUCUUGUUAAAAAUAAUUACAGUCUAAUUUGUACGAUUUAAUUUAUGGGUAUAUUUCACUGUCGCCGCAGUAUCUGAAUGUAGUCUUAGUGUUUUUAAUGUGAUUGGAUAAAUAAACAGUUCAUUUGCUGCUCGC